CGACACAACAACUUACCGCUACAAGCGACAACUGUUACUGUUUACAAAUCCAGCGUUAUGAGUCUCAGAACACAACAUCAAACUCUUGGGCCCAAUGUGGAUCUGAUUUGAGAGGAAUUUGUCUAAAUGAUGACUACCAAAGCUUUAGUGUGCUAAAUGGUCCAGGUCAAAGAGAAGCUUUCCCGUGGAUUAAUUAUACUAAGUUGCACAUGGAACAAUGUAGUUCUCCUCUUAUUUACAAUGAUAUAUUAUUGAUUGAAACAAAUCGACUUGAUCCGACUUGGUCAGGUCUUAUACGCAGUGAAGUAAGAUACAUACAUAAAGAACUUGCAGAAGGCCAUCAACAUAUCAAAUAUGGAUAUUUAACGAAAAGAAAUAAUGAUACAGUUUUGAACUUUGCUACAUAUGAUGCACCAAAACGUUCCGUUCUUUGUCAAAAUUCAUCAUCCGGUACAACUGACAAUGUGAACAGCAAAAACAGAAAAGGUUCAGAUGUCGUUAUUCCUGUUGUAGUGUCUGUCGUUGUCAGUCUGGUAAUAAUUGCUGUGGUGAUUGUAAUUCUUAAACGAAGAGAAACAAUUCAAGACUUUUGUAAAAGAUUGACACAUAGAAACGAAUCUGGCAACACUUGUCCAGAGAUUGAUAUGUCAAAUAAGAUUGUCAAGAAAUCAACAAGUUACCAGUCGCAUGAUCUUUGUUCUGAAACAACACAUAACGACUACUCGGAUAUCGAUGAUGCAAGCAUAGUCAAAGACGACAAUAGCUAUACCCCGACCUAGU